CCUCGCUCUGCUAUAUCGCUGAGGGCACCUCCUCAACUCUUAUGAAUAGCCCCACGGGCACCCUCUCGGAUAUACAAUUGCAGGAUAUGCCCGCGAAUAUAGAUCUCGACGGAUGUCUUCUGCACAACGAUUCUCCGGACUCAGACCAGAAAGUCGCUCUUUUGCGUCUCCUUCGUGACCUAGAAGCUCGGGUGCGCGCGCUCGAUCAGACAUCGACGGACGAGCCUACCUGGGCCGAUCAUGUCGAGGAACCCAGUCCGCUCGACCACGAGCUACAGUUAUGCCAUAUGGCGCUCAACUCUCCCAUCCGUCUAAUGCCCAACGAGCUCCUUGCGUGUAUCUUGCGUCACGUCCCUCAUAAGCGAUCCUCGCCGGCUUCUGUUUUCAAGCACGUCCAGGUCUGUCAGCGUUGGCGCGCGGUCGCUUUGGAGGAACCACAGAUAUGGACGAAGCUCACUCUCGAGGAUUCCCAGGCCACUGGUGCGAAUGCGGUGGAACAGGUCCACGCAUGGUUCAGGAGAGCGCACCCACUGCCUGUAUCCUUCACUAUCCUGCGGCCCUGGGGACACGGGCGACGGCGGGCAGACUCUGCUCAUAUCCUCGAUGAGAGCAUCUUGCCGCUCACUUCGCAAAUGUCUACUCUGGACAUUGACGGAACCUUAAAGCGUGUGCUCAGCUUCACGCGGCACCCGCCGUGCUCUUUUCCGGAGCUAGUCAGGCUUCGCCUUAACCUCCCCCACAAGUAUCGAGGCGAUUCGCCGUUGCCGUGCUCGAUAUUUGCAGACUUGGGUCAGCUUCGCGCACUCUCCAUCGGCUCGCUCCAUUCCCUGACCCAACAAUGUCUCGACGUGGCCAUACCUGCCCCAUGGGAGCAGUUGCAGGAGCUCGAGCUCGACUGCAUAUCCGACGUGCACGACAUGCCACGGAUAUUCUUGCAAUGCAGAUCGUUGCGCCGGGCUGUCCUGCGCUACGGGUAUAGACCGCUGCAUCUCCCGCAGCCGCCUCCGAGCCCUGUAGAGUUUCCUUAUCUGGAGACGUUGACGCUGAAAUCGGAGCGCUGGCUGGGUGCGCUACUAGAUGCGGUCCUUCUCCCCUCCUUGACGGCAUUCGACGUGGAACUUGGCGAAUAUCGACCUGGGCAUAUCUCUUGGGCUGCCUGGUCACAAUUGGAGACUCUUGCUCGAAGAGCGCCUGACCUGCAGAGCCUGACGAUGCGCCACAUCGAUUUCAUGGGUCGCGAUGUCGCUUUUGCGUCUCUUUUGGAAUGUGUGCCGCAGUUGGAGCGUCUCGUGCUCGUCGACGUCACUGCGGACCCGACGUGCCUCCUUCCGCUCUUCUACGACGAGCGCGAGCUGGUCCCGCAGCUCAGGGUCCUGCGUUUCGACAGGCUUGAUGUUGGAAUUAACGACAUGGAAGAGGCGGGUCCAAUUUACGCGGAAGCUUACGAGCUUCUGUACGAGCUCCUGGAGUACCGCGACUUCCGCUCCGUGCGGGGCGAGUUCUCUAUCGACUGGAAAGCCUUCGACUACGAGGAGAUGCCACUGGACAUAUGCGAAGAUCAGGUGUACUUGCUAAGGGACAUCGUAGGUCAUUACGAGGACGGCACGAUCAUAGACGUGGAGGACGUUGAAGGCAUAAUCGAGCGCAUUCAAUCUCGCGAAGAUGGAUACUGCACGACAGACUCUGGCAUGGACUCCGAUCGUGACUACUAG